AUGUCGACAGCGAGCACCUCAGGGCAGAGCACCUUCGGGCUUGGGAGGAAAAAGAAGAAUCCCGGUCUCAUGGAUCAGAUUACCAAGUUCUUUGGCGGAGACAAAAAGAAAAGGAGCAAGGGUUCGUUCCGGGGUCACCUGGCCACCUCUCCACAGCAGUCCUCCGCUCGCCGCCGGACCAACGAAAAUGCUGUGGUACAUUUCUUCAGGAGCUUCGUGUCCUCUCCUCGUCCUAAAUCCAGGUGGAGAGACGUCUUGGGCUUGGCCUCGUCGCCGCGUGCCGAGAGCACUAAGUCGCCGGUCAGGAGACGCAGAGAGCAAAGCACACUGUCCAGGAUCUUCAACCUGGGAGAAACCAAGUCCCGUCCACCCCCAAACCGCUGGAGCACCAUCUUCUAA